AUGGAAAUAGAAGAAGCUCUCCCGGGGCCAUCAAGCAGGCUCUCAACAGCUAGUACAAGGCCAGCUUCUAGAAACACCCCACCGUCAAAAUCGAAGCGACGCAAUUCGACGUCGCAGGGCAAAGGCAAAGGCCGGGCAGCUCCAGAACCCGAAGCAGCAGAGUCGGCGGAAGGGCAACAGGAAGAUAGGGAUAAUGAGGGAGAACUGGAAGAUCGUCUAGCGCGGGCCAGGUGCGAGGAGGCCGCUGACAAUCGGCCAAGGUCAAGCAACAAGGCUACUAGGCGCAUGAAGGCUUUAAGGAAUGCGGAGAAGUUUGUUCAUAUACCUCCUGUUCCGCCGCCGCCGAAUCCCUCUACGUACUUUCUCCAGUCUCUACAUCAACUGUCAUCCCAGUUCUACUCCAGCCACUCUCUGCUGCACCCCCCUGUCAAACGGCAGAGAGCUGUACCAUGGGCCAGCAAAAAGAGCCUCCAACUGGCAAGAGACAGAAAUCGAUUGACAGAGGUUCAAGGCGGGGAGGUGAGUGAGGAUGGAGAGGAGAUUGAGGACAUCUUGGGUGAUCGCGAAGAGGCCGGGGGCACACCAUCUAUGGGUGCCGAGGACCAAGAUGGCCAAGCCACCAGGGGAGUGAGAGGAAAGUACAAGGUGAAAGACAUGUACAAAGCGAUAGAAGGCGAAGGCCUCAUGGCGAUGGGUAUUUUGGUGCAAGAGCACAUAAUACAACAGCUCGAACAGUCUGGUUAUCAAAGACCUGAGAAAGAUGCAAGUGUAGACGAAGAGAUUGAGGAAGAGGAGGAAGAGAGAGAAAGUAGCGAAGAAUAA